CCCCCCACACGGUGGAAGAGAAGGAAGGGAAGGAGCCACCCCCAGGUUACCCCGGCCUGGAGACCAUGCUGCCCCUGCUGCUGACGGCCGUCUCCGAGGGGCGCCUCGCCAUCGAGGAUGUGGUCAAGCGCCUCUACGAGAACCCCCGCAAGAUCUUCUCCCUGCCCGCACAGGAUGACACCUACAUCGAGGUGGACCUGGAGCACGAGUGGAUCGUCCCCAGCCACAUGGCCUUCAGCAAGUGCCAGUGGACGCCGUUCGAGGGAACGAAGGUGAAGGGGACGGUGCGGAGGGUGAUCCUGCGUGGGGAGGUUGCCUACAUCGACGGGCAGGUGCUGGUGCCCCCCGGUUACGGCCAGGACGUGAGGAAAUGGCCCACGGGGGCAGUGACUGUGCCGCCUCCUGCCCCAGCCAAUGAGACUCUGAAGACCCCUGAGCGCCCGCGGCACACGGUGCAGAGCGAGACCCUCCGUAGCCGAGCGUCCAGCCCCCGGCGAGCGGGGCCUGUGGGAGACGGGCGCUUCCACCUGCCACCCCGCAUCCACCGGGCCUCGGACCCCGGCCUGCCAGCUGAGGACGCGAGAGAAAAGGCCACCAAGAAGGCCAGCGAGCCAGAUCUGGCUGUGACCCAGGACAGCUGCUGCUACCCACCGGGGCUGCUGCCCAGACAGACGUCGCCCCCAAGCGCUCCCCACCCGCAGACUUCCCCGCUGCUGCACCCGCUCGUUGGGCAGCAUGUCCUCUCUGUCAAGCAGUUCACCAAGGAGCAGAUGUCCCACCUCUUCAAUGUGGCGCACAACCUGCGCAUGCUGGUGCAGAAGGAGCGGAGCCUGGACAUCCUCAAGGGGAAGGUCAUGGCCUCCAUGUUCUACGAGGUGAGCACCAGGACCAGCAGCUCCUUCGCGGCGGCCAUGUACCGCCUGGGGGGCUCCGUCCUGGCCUUCUCCGAGUCCACGUCCUCGGCCCAGAAGGGCGAGUCCCUGGCCGACUCGGUGCAGACCAUGUGCUGUUACGCGGACGUGCUGGUGCUGCGCCACCCCCAGCCGGGGGCUGUGGAGCUCGCUGCCAAGCACUGCCGGAAGCCGGUGAUCAAUGCCGGGGAUGGCGUCGGGGAGCACCCCACGCAGGCCCUGCUGGACAUCUUCACCAUCCGCGAGGAGCUCGGCACCGUCAACGGCAUGACGAUCACCAUGGUGGGGGACCUGAAGCACGGGCGCACGGUGCACUCGCUGGCCUGCCUCCUGACGCAGUACCGCGUCAACCUGCGCUACGUCACGCCCCGCGACCUCCGCAUGCCCGCCGACAUCAUCCACUUCGUAGCCUCCAAGGGCAUCAAGCAGGAGGAGUUCGACAGCAUCGAGGAGGCUCUCCCCGACACGGACGUGCUGUACGUCACCCGCAUCCAGAAGGAGCGAUUCGACUCCGUGCAGGAGUACGAGGCGUGCUUCGGGCAGUUCAUCCUCACCCCGCACAUCAUGACCAGAGCCAAGAAGAGGAUGGUGGUCAUGCACCCGCUGCCUCGCGUCAAUGAGAUCAGUGUGGAGGUGGACUCGGACCCCCGGGCAGCCUAUUUCCGCCAGGCUGAGAACGGCAUGUACAUCCGGAUGGCACUGCUGGCCACGGUGCUGGGCAGGUACUAGGGGCCCCAGCCAGGGCAGUGCCAGCGGCGGCAGGAACCCCCGUACUCCAGACCUGGUUCGCGAUGGAUGGACUCACGGACGGACCCAGCUCCUUCCCUCCCACGUGCGACAGGGACUGCACUGAGCAAG